AUGGCGGGCUCGGCGGCAGCGAGCCGGCGGCGGGCCCCGCGCGUCUCCAUGCAGGAGCACAUGGGCAUCGACGUGAGCCCGGGCCCCAUCCGGCCCAUCCGCCUCAUCUCCGACUACUUCCCGCACUUCUACCCCUUUGCCCAGCCCACCCUGCGCGCCCCCGGCCCGCGCCCCGCCACCCCCGCCGUUCGCCCCGCACCUCAGCCCGACCUGGAGCCCGAGGGGGACUCAGACGACAGCACUGGCCCGGGCACCCUCGAGUUCACACUGAUCUUUGACCAGGACAACAGCGCCCUGCACUGCACAGCCCACUGUGCCAAGGGACUCAAGCCACCCGCCUCAGGCUCCGUGGACGCUUACGUCAAGGCCAAUCUGCUGCCAGGCGCCAGCAAGGCCAGCCAGCUCCGCACACGCACAGUGAGGGGCACGAGGGGGCCUGUCUGGGAGGAGACGCUCACCUACCACGGCUUCACGCUUCAGGAUGCCAGGCGCAAGACCCUGCGGCUGUGCGUGUGUGAGGACCCACGGCUUCGGCGGCGCCGGCAUGCGCCUCCCCUGGGGGAGCUGCGGGUGCCCUUGAGGAAGCUGGUGCCCAACCGCGCACGAAGCUUUGACAUCUGUCUGGAGAAGCGAAGACCGACCAAGAGGCCCAAGAGCCUGGACACAGCCCGCGGCAUGUCCCUGUAUGAGGAGGAGGCAGCGGAGGCGGAGGCCGGGGAGGAGCGGGGGCGUAUCCUGCUGUCACUCUGCUACAGCUCCCGGCGGGGUGGCCUCCUGGUGGGCGUGCUGCGCUGUGCCCACCUCGCCCCCAUGGACGCCAAUGGCUACUCAGACCCCUUCGUCCGCCUUGUUCUGCAUCCAAACGUGGGGAAGAAAUCGAAGUACAAGACCAGUGUGCGGAAGAAGACCCUGAACCCCGAGUUCAAUGAGGAAUUCUUCUACGCAGGCCCCCGGGAGGAACUGGCUCAGAAGACACUGCAGGUGUCAGUGUGGGACUAUGACCUGGGCACAGCUGACGAUUUCAUUGGCGGGGUGCAGCUGAGUAGCCGCGCCAGUGGGGAGCGCCUGUGGCACUGGCGUGAGUGCCUGGGCUGCAGUGACCGCCGGCUGGAGCUGUGGCACCCGCUGGACGGCGUGCCCCUCCAGCUUAGCGACUAG